UGAACCACGUCGCCGAAACGGAACCAACGAAACAUUUGCGCCGCUGCACUGUAACCGGGCGGGCUAGGCUGAAGACAUUGAAAGAGAACCGACAGACGAGGGGGACCGUCAGCUGCCGCUUAUCCACUUUGCUGGGAUUCUGUUCCAUCUUUCCGCCCACCGAUUGAGCCAAGCGACAGACGAGAAAAAGUAAACGAAAAAAAAAGAGGACAGCGAAUCCACGAUAACGAUAUCUGGCCGCAUGGAAAGCGAGACCAUCGCAACGCACCCGCUCACACCACCACCACCACCAUCAGCUUUCACGGGCCACCGUCCAUCCGCCGACUUCCACACGCCACCCACGGUUCAGCGCGGUGCCUCUAGCGGCCGACCAGAGGGAGGUCACUGGACCAGGGUCUUUUCUAGGAGCUGUGUGAUAUUGUCCCGCGAGAUCCAAGGAGAAAAAGGAGGGAAGAAGGAAGAAAACUCCGACGAUACAACAACAACAGUCAUAAACAACAAUCGCCUCUAGGCCGCUCGCCAGGCCGGGCACCCCUCGUAUCCCACUAUUGACCGCCCCUCCGGUCACGGUUCUCGUUCCCCGCUUUCCGUCUUGCGCACAACGCCAACCAAGCGCCGCGGCGGCCACAACCCCCCGACAUGAGCGCAAAGACGUCCGGGGCCGACGCCGGCAACGGCGGCGCGGCGCGGUCCCGCGAGCACAACCAGGGCAACCAGGGCCGCGGCUGCACGCCCGAGCAGAAGGCGGCGGUGCUGCGCAUCCGGCGGUGCAGCGCCACCGCCUUCUACGAGAUCCUGGCCGUCGAGGCGUCGUGCAGCGACGCCGAGAUAAAAAAGGCCUACCGCAAGCAGUCGCUCCUGACGCACCCGGACAAGAACGGCCACGAGCACGCCGACGAGGCCUUCAAGAUGGUCGCCCGCGCCUUCUCCGUCCUGGGCGACAAGGAGAAGCGCGACAAGUUCGACCGCUUCGGCACCGACCCGGACUCGAGGUUCGAGAGCGCCCGCCAGCAGCAGCAGCAGCAGAACCCCUUUGCCGGCUUCACCAACAGGCAACGCGCCGGCGGGGGCGGCGGGGGCGGGUUCGACGAGGAGAUCAGCCCCGAGGAGAUGUUCAGGCGGUUCUUUGGCGGGGGCGGCUUUGGUGGGCCGUUUGGCGGAGGGUUCGACACAGGCCCACAGUUCGUCUUUAACAUGGGCGGCGGCCCCGGCAUAAGGGUACACCAGUUCGGCGGCGGCCGGCCGAGGACAAGACCACGGGACGGCGCGGCGGCUGGGGACCAGCAGCAGCAGGCCGAGCCGAGCAUCCUGUCGACGCUAAUAGGCCUCCUGCCCGUCAUCUUGCUCUUCAUCAUCCCGCUCAUCACGUCGCUCUUCUCGGGCUCGACGGGCCCCGCGGUGCCCGACGUCGUUUUCGACAUGGCCUCGGGGCAGCACACGCACAGGCAGGUGCACGACAGCGGGCUCAACUUCUUCGUGCGCCAGGAGGACUGGGCCAAGAUCCGGCAGAACAAGCACAAAGUGUCGCAGCUGCACGCGCAGGCCUACGUGACGUUUGUCAACCAGCUCAAGCGCGACUGCGAGCGCGAGUCGCUUCAGCAGCAGCAACUGCACGAGGCCGCCCAGGGCUGGUUCUCUGUCGACCAGGACAUGCUCGAGCGCGCAAAGGCCCACCCCAAGCCCCGGUGCGCCCGCCUCGAGCGGCUGCUGCGCGGCAACGGCAAGGCCGACGGCCCACAGGGCAAGCCAAAGGCUUCUUGAUGUUAUAGAUUAGGGUUAUUGGGUACCAGCGGGGUCAUUGUGAUUUCUUUUCUCUACCUCUUUUUUUUUUGGUUUCUAUCUUUUCGUCCUCCACUUCUGCGGUGUUUCUGGAUCGGGGAACCGCGCCUGGCAUAAUAUAUCUUUUUCCUCCUGUCUCGCGGGCCCUCUCCGCCCACGCUUCUGGGUGUUCAUAUCCAAUAUUGAGCAAAAAUAAAGGAACUAUUAACAAAACACACGACAAGCUCACCACCCAG